GUACUCCUUCGACAAGCCGAGUGAGAUCGCAGAUUUGAGAAUCGAAAAUCGUUGCAAUAUUACCACAGGCAUGCUAGAGGUUGUCGACAGCAUGUUUCCCGCGUCCAGAGCCGACUUGAUAGAGUUCACCGAUCGCCAGAACGUCGCGAUUCUUGGCGACGGCAGGAUUGGCAGCUCACAACCGACGGCGACGACGGAAAGGCAGAAGCAGAAGAAAGCAUACUUGAAGGCGAAGGUCGAGAACGAGGUGGCGAUGGCGAUGGUGAUGGCCAUUUCGAAGCUCCAGGUGAUAGCAGUUCUUAUCCUUACUGGUUUGCUGGGGUACAAGGAAGUACCACAUUGUGAAAUGCGCGGCGCGCCAUUUGCUCAGAUAUUUAACUGCAUGGUGGCCAUCGAUGUCUACCAGUCUAAGUUGGAGUAUGUGGAAUAG